UUUGGAAGGUCGAUACCAAGUAGUCUAUUUGGCCAGGUCGUCAUUCCGGCAUUGAAAGCUGAAUCUCCAAAGCUACACCUCACAAGCUGCGUCGCGACGAAUACACGAAAGACGAGGUGCAAUUGACGCGCUUCUCUCUCAUUCCUCACGCUCAUUUCCCAAAAGGACUGCACUUUUCAUCGAUCAUGCUUGACAAACUCGUCGGUCUCGCCAUGCUUGUGGCCGCUUCCGCUGUCUUCAUCUACUACUCCAUCUGGACGUUGGCCAUGCCCUUCGUCGAUGCGGACCAUCCUCUUCACAGUUUCUUCCCGCCCCGCGAGUGGGCCAUUCGCAUACCUGUGAUCCUCAUUCUAUUGGGCUCGGCAGUGCUCGGUUCUUUCCUCAGCAUUGUCAUGAUCCGCAGCAACCGGAAGAAGGCUGCAAAGGCAAAGUCUGCCGCGGCGAAAAAGAAGGCGUAGGGGUCUGGAAAGGAGGGUAAAAAAAAUAACAGGCUCGGUUGCUCUACAAGGUCAGAACGGUCGGCAUACGGCAGAACCAUUUGAGCUUCAUACGAGUACUGAUGUCGAUCUUGAUGGCGUACACCUCGUCUAUGAUGGUCAAUUCGAAGAGCAUACGUAGCAUUUCAUGUGCAUAACGAACGAAUCAGUUUUGGGACAUUGACAGGCACAAGGAACUCCCA